GAGCCUUUGUGUGACUGUCAGCGCUACGUCGUCGUGUGCCCAUCAGACGAAAGCGCGGCAAAGAUUCGUUGUGAGUUCUGCAAUCACUGCCCAAGCAUUCACGGAAGAAUCACCGAUUUGGGUGACACAGAGCAAGGACUUACUGUGCCACCUAUUCUACCAAUAGUUGGCACAGGGAUAAAUGGACCGAGUGAAGUGCAACAGCCGUAUCAUCCUGAUUGUUCGAAAGACCACGAGAGAGAAGUUGCCGAAGUGCUGCAAGAGAGUGCACAGCCUGGCUGCUCGAAAGAUGGCUCACUAUGGGUGGAAGCUCCACCUCCUUCGGACCUUCCUGUAGACAUGAGCCAGCAACUUGCCAUUAAUGAAGCUCCUGCGCCAUCAAAACCUGCACCCAAGGUAUUCUGUGACUGGCUCCUUGCAAACAUGCCAGAAUUCUCUGACUGUGUUCAGCCUAUCCUGAAAGGGAAAGCUGUCUCGGAAAAGUCACAAACAAAACUGUCAAGACAGCUGCGUGCAGAAAUGACGUUAUUCCUGGAUGAGCAUGAUCUCAUUACCACUGGGAACAAGGGCGAACGGCGCUCGAUGUACAAAGCCCUUGGGGAGGCACUUGCCACGAAAUACCCACUUCUUUUGUGGGAUGAGCCAAAACCUGAGAGCCAUCUUGUUGACAAACGGACUCAUGUUUACAGCCUAUUCAUAAGGAGGCUGACAGUGGCCCGAAAGGUGCGGAAGCACAGGAAGAUGAGAAGUGCAGCUGCUGUAACUCCUUCCAUGCCUACUCCAGCGCUCACAAAGGAGGCUCUUGUUGCACUGUUCCAGGCUCUCAGAUCGGCUGACCUGAGCACCGUGGCACUGGAUAUCGAAAGAAUGAAAUGCCUUCUUGAGGUCACUUACGAAGAUCGCUGCAAGCGUCACGAUGAUCCUUUGCCUCAAUAUUUCUUGUUAGAAAGCAUUCUCUGCACUGAAGUCGAACUCCGAUUUAAGUGCAAGGUUGGGGACCUGGAGAAAAAGGUGAAAGCGGUGGUGGAAGCGUUUUCACAUAAAGAAGAACGGGAAUGCACAUUCGUCGACAUUGGCAAGCAUUUACAAGGCCAUUCUAGGCACACACUCAUCAACGAGAAUGCAAUGCCUAAUAACCUGCAAGUCACAGCACCUCAUGUGUAUAUAUACUGCGCUGAACGCACUUGCGUUUAUGCUGGCAGUACUGAAGAAGUCAUCUGGAUCUCGGGUGGAAAUCUAGAGCGAGCUCUGAUUUUCUGCCUGCUGACGUACUACAUUAAGAACCUUGACUACCCACCAGCGUUCUCAACGGUGCUCGUCUUACUGCAGAAGAUAACUCUACCUGACACAAAAGUGCCCCGUGGACUGCUCACGAACCGGCUGAAAAAUUUGCUCAUUAUGUUGAAGAAGAACAAUUUGUGUUAACUUUUCGAAAGCAAAUACCAUUAAAAAUAGGUUGCGUCCUGAGAUGGGGAAGUAAAUGUC